CGCGGAGGUCCACGGAGGCUCCCAUGAAGCCUCACCCCAAAUCCGUAGCCACUCUGGCCCAGGUCUUCAGCUUGUCAUUUGCCCUGCGUUGCCUCCAUGACUUCACCAGAAUUGUGCAACACGCUGCUAGCGACACCACCUACGGGAGCGCCACCUCUUUGGGAUGGAGGGUCUGGGCGCGCGCGCCUGCAGUGGUACUUGCCGCCACGGCGAUCAUAUUCGAGGCGAGAGCUUCGUGCAGACCACUGCGUGAACUUCUUCGGAGCUGCGCUGUCUUGGUUUAUGCUGCCCAUGCUCCUGUACGCGUCGCAUCAAAAGGGGGACCCGUGCUUGAAACAGACUGGGUUUUUAGUGCAAGGCUUUUGUUCCAUUGUCAUGUUUCAUUGCUCGGCAUUUUAUCACCACUUGUCUUGGCAGUGGGAUCGUGUACCAGUGCUGUUAACCUUGGACCAUUUCGGUGUAAAUGCGAUGAUCGUGGGCACGUUUACUCCUUGGAUGGUCAUAUUGCGUUGCUAUUAUGCGUGGUCGUUCGUUGUCACGCUAUCUUGCAUUGGGCUUGCCAUGGAAUGCGUAAAACUUCGCAGGCCAGAUUUGCAAUUGAGUGGCGGAGGAACUGGGAUAUGGAAGCGUUUCGAUUACGUCCAUGGGAUCCUUUACAUCUCGAUGGGGGCGACAGCAUUGCCUCUCGUAGCCUUGUACGCUACCUGCUUCCCACCAGAGGUGAUGCAGAGGGUUCUGAUUGCUCUGGCCACGUAUGCCGCAGGCGUUCUUUUUCUCGCCAGUGAAAAGUUGGAAUUUCACUUAGCAGUAUGGCACUCGUGUGUGCUGUGUGCUUCUGUUAUUUUCUGGGUACUGAGUGUGCAGAACAUUGCAGGACAACACCUGUCUUAGCCACUGCCAGACUGACGGUUACACCAGGGAUCGCAUAAGAUGUGGAUCGGACGUACGUUCUGAAGACAGUGUGCUGCCAGCGGGCGAGGUCGAUGGCUGAAGAAGUACUCUGCGCGUUCUGCUCCCCACGAUCUACCAUCUACUCUUCGCCUGAUGUUUACGUCUUCCC